AUGGACUCUAACCUGGACAUCUAUGAUAUCGACGAAACCAUGACAGAACCCACUUCCUUCACGCUAUCUUUCGUGGGCGAUGUAAUGCUCGGCCGUCUCGUUGACCAGUUCUUCCCCGACCAUGUCAACAGUGAUAACGACCGCCGCAAUGCCGAGCACUUCAUGAAAGAAUAUCCAUCCAUCCUGGCAAACGGCAAUUAUACCCCCUCUUCACCAUGGGGAACAACUCUCCCCCUGCUGCAAGCCUCAGAACUCUUCCUCAUCAACCUCGAAACAUCCGUAACAACAACCCCGGAUCCCUGGCCCAACAAAGUGUUCAAUUACCGCAUGCACCCAUCCAAUCUUGGCCCGGUCUUACACGCGGCACACGUAGACUACGCAAGUCUCGCAAACAAUCAUACCCUGGACUUUGGGAACGAGGGACUUGUCGAGACAAUCUGGACUCUCCGCGACGCCGGCAUCGCAUUCACAGGUGCCGGCGAGUCACCAGAUGAAGCCUUCAAACCAGCCGUACUAUAUCUCCCCCGCCAUACACAAGAAAUUCAUUCCAGACGCGUAUACGGCGUCAAAACGAUCCCAACAAGACAAGAAACCACCACCGCUGAGCAAAACGGCUAUCUCGUCCACGUCUACUCCGCCGCAGACCACCCGCGAGACUGGGCCUCAAUCCCAGCAUUCCAUUUCCUGGAUUACUCCCCGGCAACCCGAACGCGGCUCCGCACACUACUCCUAUCCAACCGCUCAAGAACCCGUCACCCACCAAAAUCCGACGAGAAACCCGGUUCUGAAGCAGAAUCCGAUGUCUACCACCACCGCGUACACCAUCACCACAAUCCCCCUGCAAAUCCGGAGUCACGACCGGCUUUGAAGAUAUUCUCCGUACACUGGGGCCCGAAUUACUGCUGGCAACCUGCGGAUAGGAUUCGGUCAUUGGCGCAUUUUUUAAUUGACGAGUGUGAAGUUGAUAUUGUGCAUGGGCACUCGUCGCAUCAUGUGCAGGGAGUAGAGGUUUAUCGGGGACGGGUCAUUAUAUACGGAUGUGGCGACUUUGUGGAUGAUUAUGCGUUGAAUGGGGAGUUUAGGAAUGAUCUUGGGGCUGUUUGGAGGGUUGUUGUUAAGGAGCAGGCACGGGGGAGGGGAAUUGAGCUUGAUCGAUUGGAGAUCUUUCCGACGCGGGUUGAAAAGUUUAGGGCUACGUUGUUGGAUCAUGGGGACAGGGAUCAUGGGUGGGUUAGGGAGAGGAUUGGGGAGCUUAGUCUGGAUUUGGGGACCGUAGUGAGAGGGGAAGCUGGGGAUCAGGGUCAGAUUAUCGUUGAUAUUGGUGGAUAG